UGCCAUGUUCAGCAUCAGUGGUUUUUCACAUUCUAUGUAUAAAGAACGACAACUGAACUGUUUAAUAAAACUUGGAAAUGCUUUAUUUUGAUGCAGAGAGAUCCCAAGCCCUUUAGAUGUGGUCAAAUUGUUAAGUUACUCCAGAAUUACCGUCGUUUUCUUUGAUUUUUAUUUGUUCGUUUCAUUAUUUUUCGGGCAAGUUCCUCCAAAUCUUCGUGCGAGUAGAGCGUUCGCAAUGGUCACCUGGCUGUCUGCGAUCAGUAAUGCUUCAGUUUUGUGAGUGUGUGGUUGUAUGGAGUUGAUGAGAAUAUGUAAACUGUGUGAUACUACAUCGUUGAGAAGGAUUUUAUUAUCCUGACAAGCAAUUAACGAUCUCAAUUACGUUCAUAAUGAUCGACUGUGAACAAAGAAUUCGUUACCCGCUCGCUGCUCAGCUGAGUAGUUCAAAACAGCGGAAGUGAGCGGUGAAUAAUUUGCUUGACAAUAAAAGAGGCUUCCGACUAGGUAUCGUGGGCAGUUUAACACGACUUCCAAAAUAUGAGUCGAAACGGGGCGUACGGGUCGCAAGGAGGACCAUCCUUUAAAAAGAAAUUUGUAGAUCUUUUCCGUCACAUAUCCCAUCCUGGGAGCAAUGGGAAAGACGGAAGGGAGCAUCUGGCCCCAUCACGACCAGACACUUUCAUCAACAAAUAUCUCCUUGGAGAGUCUCGCGGAGCCCAGCCACAGAUCUUGAGCGGCCGCAGCUGCGACGACUUGCCCCCAGUUCGGAUCGGCCGCAUGCCGUGCCAAGUUUACUCAGCCUUCACGGGCCCUGGUGGGGGUCUGGCUUCGGUGAACUGCAUCGCUCCCACACUCAAUAUUUCAGAUCAAGAUGUGGACUUCAUCGACGAAGACGCCGGCCUUCCUGACGAUCAGCCAAACGCCUACGUGACGUGUCAGAGACCGCCUCCACGUAAGAGUCCAUUUAGUGAUAUGGCCAUGUACUUCAGGCGGCCCUCUAUGGCAACCAAGCCUGAUAUAAGAUCAAUUCAAGAAGAUUUACAGAGUAAGAACAACAAUAUUAUUGUGCGGGAUGAUUCAGGUGACGAUAAAAGCAGGACUGGGCUUAAAUCAUCAGAUUUUAGUGGAAAAGCCUACGGAAAUUCUCUGGAGUGCAUUGUGCCUUCUUGGCGCGGGGAAGCGCCGUCCCCUCUGUCCCCAAACCUCACACGGGCACCUCCUAACGCAGUCAUACAGUUUGGCAGCAACCCUUUGACUUACGAGCUGAGUAUUGGCGGCACUGCCUACGCAGGUGUAGAUUGUAGCGGCACUCGCAGCUGUGAGAACAUCUGCAGCGCUGCGUCCCCUCUAUCAAACUCCUGUUCCUCGUUUUGCGGUGGCAGUCUUGGCAGUUUGGAGGAAUUGGGUGUGGCAAGAGCACAGACGGGUAAUGACCCGGUAUUGUUCAAUGGUAACGAUUCCAAGAACUGUGCUGCAGCUUCGUUGUCCCAUCUUGACGGUAGUGAACAGUCAACUUCGGUCCCAAUCCCAUCUGUCUGCGGAGCAUUAAAUGUAACCCACGAACCACCAUUCUCAUCAGCAUCCUUGCCUACAUCUUCGUAUUUGAAUUACAUUUCUAAUAUGGACCAGAAUUUCAAUCCUGUCAAUGAUCCUUGUAUCAAGAAAUCUCCUCCUAGUGUGACGAGAAGCAAUCCUAUAGGUCGUCAUAUUAUGUCCCCCACUAAUGUGGACCAUUCCGAGACAUGCAGCGCCCCUACCACGCCUAGGAGUGAUCCUGGUGACAGCCAAGUAUGUCAUCCACAACAAAGUUCCAUUUCGUUGGCUCCGACAGAGUUACCUACUAAAAAACAUCAGGAAAAUCGGGCGGUAUCCCAAACGCCUCUGCAACAAAAACUUCUACAACAGUCCAUUGCCAGCAAAUCUCAGUCUCGAAUCUCGAACUCGAACCUCAACAACAACAUUCGCAACUCUCAUGGUGACUCAAAUCUUAAUAGCUCUCACAUAGUUAACAGUAAUGAUAUUAAUUUUUCUCCCGCGUGUAAAGCGAACAACAAUGUCGUAGGUUCGGACCUCACUAACGAAGGUGGUUUGAUAAACCACAGGGCCAAAUUCCUGACGCUGGAUCUAGUGGAGGGCUGUACGCUCUCAGCACCACACCCUGCGCUCAAGCGCAGCGAGCAGGAGGAGGUGGCAGGCGUUCUCAACUGGAACAGACCGAGCGAGCGCGCCUUUGGUCUCUCGACCACCUUGUAUGAACGCCACCCAAUCACGCGGGAGAGGGCAGGAAACCCCAUCGCUGAUUCUUUCGGGGUCGUAGCUCGCUACAACAGCGCUUUACUGGCUCUUGCUGACGGUGUGAACUGGGGGGAGAAGGCGUGCUUGGCGGCUCGGUGCGCGGUGCAAGGAUGCCUGGCGCACCUCAACGCGGCGAUCUUCUCGCCCACGCUCGCGCACCCGCCGCGCACCACCACCGAUUUAUUCGUGGCGCUGCUGAGGAGCUUUCACGCGGCGCACAACCUCAUCCUGCAGGAGGGCGGUCAGCUCACCACCCUCACCGCUGCCAUCGUCGCCCCCGUCAGCAAGAGCGGGCGGUACGUGGUGUGCGUGUGCAACGUGGGCGACUCCCUGGCGUACGUUUACUCCCAGCAGCACGGAGUCAGGGAGAUCACGCAAGCGUCGCACGACAUCCACAGCAUGCGGGACAUGCGGGACGCCCUGGGGGCCCUGGGGCCAGUGGACGGACUCAACCCUGAACUCAACAACCUGACGUGCUCCAUGACCUUUGUGGAGGAGGGUGACCUGGUCUUCCUCACAUCCGACGGCAUUUCGGAUAAUUUUGACCCGGUCGUCGGCAAGUUUGUCCUGCCAAAGAAAGAGGAAAGCGGGGAAAAGAGAGAGAAGACAGAGAGCGAGUGCAUGCAAGAGGAGAAGAAAAAACGCCAAAAGCAGAAAAUGAACUUGCAAGCACAAGAGCAACAGCAAAAACCUAAUUUUUCGUUAACUAGCAAGAGUAAAAGCAAGCAGUCGAGAAGGCAGAUGCAGUUACUGCAGAAAUAUGAGCAGAUCUGCCAGCAAAAUCCUAGAAAACAAUCACGGGGACAGAGGAUAAGACAUCAGCAGCUACUCUCCGUUACCAAUGGAUUUAAGCAGGUUGUGAGUCGCAGCAAGUCUCAGCCGUCGGUGCUGGGGGCGAGCGCUGCGCCGCCCUGUGGCUCCGCCGCACCAAAGCAAGCCUCGACCCUGGGUUCGGCUGGUCUCAGUGGCAACCUCAGCCUUACCGAAAAUAAGAAUUCUUCCUCUGGAGACACAAAUAAAAACCUAGCAGGCAACAGAAGCUACUUGCAGGAUUCAGAGGACCUCGUACCUCCUGAAGUUGAGGCUCAUCAGCGUCACGAGCUCACGCUGCUUAGGAUGGAAGAUCUUCUCCGUCGCGGCAUCACAACCAAUAAGCCUGUUGUCAACGCACAGACACUGUGUUUGGAGAUGGUACACUUUGCGACCAAGUUGACGUUAGCAAAGCGACGUGUGUUGGAAGAUCCUGAUCUGUAUCCGCCUCCGAAGAUCACACCCUCCACCGAUGGAGUCUCGGCGGCGGGCACUGAGCAGAAGCCGGGCACCUCGCAACUUUCCAGGGGCGAACAACGCAAUCGUAGACGAAAA